CUGUCGAUACCGCACCUGCGCGAGGCGCUGCACUCGCUGGAGUCGAAGAUGGCGACGCUGCUCAGCGAGAGGGACCGGCUGGAGGCGCGGCUAGAGCAAGCGGUUCGUCUGCAGUCCCCCGUCCAGCGUGUGCCGAAUGACCUGCUCUCGUCCAUCUUCACGAUUGCUGUGCUAGACGGGGAAGAGGAGGACUCCAUUACGCUGUCAAACCUUAUGCUCGUCUGCCAGUACUGGCGGGAGGUGGCGAUCCACACCCCGAUGCUCUGGACGCGGAUCGCAAUGGGUACGCACCGUUCUGUUGACCGCGCUCUCCUCAAGCUCGACCGCUCGAAGACGGCCCCGCUCUACAUUAGCCUCGAUUUCAGCCCGCGCAUGGAACAUGGUACGGUCUCUACGGAGAACAUCAUAACGGCGAUGGACCUCAUCCAACCUGCAAUAUGGCGCUGGAAGACGUUCCACCUCACCGUACCCAGUCGACCACAGGCUCACAUUGCACUCACUCGAUGCAAGGAGCAGGCACCACUGCUGGAGGUGCUAUCAAUUCGGGUCGCGCACUCGAUGCAAGAGGACCACUACUCGACGCCACCGCUCCCGCUUUUCGAGCGCCACAUGCCGCGUCUCCGGUCGACCUCGUUCACGUCCUUCAACUUCAACUGGGACCUCUCAUUACUCAGCAAUCUGCGUGUGCUGAAGCUGGGCGGGUACUGGAACGGGUUCUCACCGUCCGCCGAUGUCAUCCUGAAGACGCUGCGGUCGUGUCCACUGCUCGAAGAGCUGGUUCUGCGGAAUAUGUCCGACGUGGACCCGGAGAGCUGCGCCCCGCUCAUCUCGGAUUCGUCCACUGAGCAGGACGACUACGCUUUGGCACGCGUAUCGGACACGAGGACGAUCCACCUUCCACGCCUGCGCAGAGCCUCGUUCUACUACUCCGGCAACCUGCGCACGCGCACCAUGUUCAGCCUGCUGUCCUUCCCGGCGCUCGAACGGAUCGAACUGUGCUAUCUCGACAACGUCUCGCCGAUCCUCGAGUCCCUAAGGAAGCAGUCCCUGACCGUGCUCCCCCUACGCCACCUGCGGAUCGAGUCGUGCUUCCUCAACGAACUGCGCUUUGCGCGGCUCCUGCCGCGGCUUCCUGCACUGAAUUCGCUGGAGCUCGUCGACGUCGAGGACGUGACGCCGAACCUGAUGCGGAAUUUCGCCACGCCUCCCGUCUCGCAGACGUGGGUUUGCCCGAAGCUCGCAACGCUCUCGCUCGAGGGCUGUACGUCCAUCGAUUGGGAGACGCUGCGCUCGAUCGUCGAGUCCCGGCUGCCCCCGCACUCGCGUGCAUUCCCUCGCCAGGCCGCGCAGCACGAUCCGGCCCCAGCCUCGCGACCCGUCGUGUCCAUGUCGAGCGCCUCUGCUUCAAGCCAGCGCCCCGUGGCCUCGUCGUCAUCGUCUUCCUCCGCAUCCGCCUUCGCGGCGACCGCGUAUAUCCUCGCGCACCAGCCCUCUGCGCCCGCUGUGUCGUCCUCGUCCCUGGCCGUCGGCCGCCCCGUCCGCCUCGAGUCGAUGGACCUCACGCGCUGUCACCAGAUCAGCAAGGAGAUGGUGCAGUGGCUGCGGAUGUACGUCGCCGAGGUGAAGUGCGAGACCGUGAAGAGCGUCUGGGGCGAG